AUGGGGUGCGGGUUUGGUGGGGGUGGUGGUAGUGGAGGACCGAAUGCCUCGCGUUUGCUGACUGCACCACACUUUGAUGAUAACAUCAUCGCGCUAACAGCUCCUCUACAAGCCCUCUUUUCAGGAGCUCUUAAAUAUCUCCUUUCACUUCCACGGAUUUUAACCCACAUUUAG